AUGGGUCGCAAUAAACGACCGGAGCAGCCCCAGACCCAAAGGAGCCUCCAACAGGGCCCCCUUGACAAGUUCCUACAUCCACAACCGGGCACCAGCGGAGAGCUGGGAGGCCCCAAUAUUGCGCCGACAUCCCCGCCGGGGUCGGACGGCACUACCCUUGAAAGAAUUGAGGACAGACUGCGGAGCUUGAUGGCCUCUAUGGCCACAAAAGACAACCUCAGGUCACUUACCACCACCAUUCAAGACACUCUCAGAGCAGAGAUGGCGGGCAUCCGGUCUGAGGUGGCCUCGCAUGCGGGCCGCAUCUCACUGCAAGAAGAGGCAACUGAGGCCCUCACAGCGCGCGUGACAACCGCAGACACUGCAAUAACCCGUCAGGGCGCGAUGCUUCUCUCGAUGAGGACCUAG